CUCCGUGGUCUUAGGUUGUUUCUGUGGGGUCGGUGGGCUCUGUAUUUCCAUCUCCAUGGGGCCACAGGCCCACAUGUGAGCACUUUAGGACACUAUGGCAGAGGGUAGUGAGCUGAUGAACAGGCUCAUGAGUGAGAACGCGGACCUAAAGAAGCAGGUGCGCCUCCUGAAGGAGAACCAGAUGCUGAAGAGGCUGCUCAAUGAGAGUUGCCAGGACAGCUGUGGCCGAGGGAGCCGGGACUUGCUCUUUCCUAAGGCCCCUACCUACCCUGAGGCCUGCUCCCCCGGGAAUGGAGGUCCAGAUUUUGGAAGGUUUGCCAGUGUCCCUGAUACAGCCUCUCAGCUACAGACAUCGUCCCUAGAGGACCUGCUAUGCUCACACGCCCCACUCUCCAGUGAGGACGAGGCCUCCCCAGGUUGUGCAUCCACCUCCCAGGUGCCUUUCAAGGCCUUCCUCAAUCCACCAGAACUACAGACACGACUGGUCGACCGGAAGCUGUCCCCACUCCUGAGCCCCUUGCAGGAUUCCCUGGCGGACAAAACCCUGCUCGAGACCAGGGAAAUGGUGCGGCCUAAGAAGGUGUGCUUCUCGGAGAGUAACCUGCCCACUGGGGAUAGGAGCAGGCGGACCUAUUACCUCAAUGAAAUCCAGAGUUUUGCGGGUGCGGAGAAGGAUGGUCGCAUCGUCGGGGAGAUCGCGUUCCAGCUUGACCGGCGUAUCCUGGCCUAUGUGUUUCCGGGGGUGACUCGCCUCUACGGCUUCACAGUAUCCAACAUCCCUGAGAAGAUCAAGCAGACAUCUAUCAAGUCCCUGGACGGCUCCGUGGAUGAGAAGAAGCUGCGUGAGCUGACACAUCGCUAUCUGACCCUGACGGCGCGCCUGGAGAAGCUGGGCUACAGCCGCGAAGUGCACCCGGUGUUCAGCGAGUUUCUCAUCAAUACCUACGGCAUCCUGAAGCAGCGUCCGGACCUGCGGGCCAACCCACUGCACAGCAGCCCCGCUGCGCUGCGCAAGCUGGUCAUUGACAUUGUGCCGCCCAAGUUCCUGGGCGACUCCCUGCUGCUGCUGAACUGCCUGUGUGAACUCUCCAAGGAAGACAGCAAGCCGCUCUUCGCCUGGUGAGCCGCUCGCCUCACCCUUCCUGCAAUAAACGUGUUUGUUCCAAACCCGGGGGCCACCCGCGUCCUCCCGCAUGGAAAGCUGUCUGCCCAGCUACAGUGGGGAGAAGCCUCCUCCACGCCUGCGCUUGCCCUGGGCACCCAGCUACUCGGGCCGCUCACAGUUGCCGGGCACCCGUUGCCUUAUUAAAAGCUUAUUUAUUUGUUUGCCUUA